CCCACCGUAGCGGCUAGAACGCCGACGAGAGCCUUGACGAACAUGACUGUUGCAAUGUGGGAGCUUGAAAAUGUCGAACUAGAGAAGGAAAGGCAGGAGGCGUUUUGUGCUUUGUAUCCGACAGAAACGCCAUAUUGCUCUUUGAGGGGUCCGCGUCCGAUGGAGCCUCCCAGAGCUGCGGUGGAAGCCACGAACGCAUGCUACCCCCCAAUGGUAUUGGAAUGCUGUACGCGCACACUUGUUGGCUUCGCAUCGGAGACUGAGCGAUUGGAGGCAGACGUCGUCAGGCAUACGCAAGCUCCACAAACUACGUCCGCAGCAUUCGAGCCUGCAGCAGUGAGCAUCAGAAGGACGAGCUUGAGCUCCAGUGAGGCAUCUCGAAGUGGGCAAUGCGGAUCAGGAGAGCGUGAGAUCGGCAGCUUUAGGAAGAAGAGUGUAAGAGGGAUGCGGGGUCAUGGCGCCUGUGUUGUCGAGCACCAUGCUCCGGACGAUACAUCUGAGUGGAUAGAGCUGUUGUUGAUUCAUCGGUAAGCUUGCAUAAGAGGCGUGCGCGGCGUCCCGUGUACCCGGUCCGCAAGCCGCGGCGCGAACGGGAAGCUGCAGUAGAUGGCGCAAUUGUACGUACUGGCGAUCAUAGUGUUUCUAGCUGUUAGGAAGCUGACCAUUGUUAUUGUCUGCGUUUAGUGACAAUGAGUGGGAUGUUCAAACAGCUCGGCCGUCAAUGCUGUAAAGCUGCAAUCAACGUGAGCUAGUAGGUUGUGGUCUUCCUGCUCCGCGGCGCCAUCGGAAUUGCAUACGCCUUGCCUAGUCUAGCUCCAGCUACUUGGCGUAACUCUCCGUACGCAUGCAGCUGCGGUAACGGUAGAAACGCUGGCAGCGGAAACACUCGACCAGCCAACAAACCU